CAGAAAGUUUUUUUUGUUUCCUUCUGUCUUCUGUGUUCUCCAACAAGUUCACACGCAUCUUUGGUCUCGAGCAAAUUCUCAGCGAAAAAGAGAUCAAAAUCAAAGUCCUUUGAGUAUUUGGCGAAGCUCUCUCUCAAAACAUGUCUCGAAGAUACGAUAGCCGCACCACAAUCUUCUCCCCAGAAGGCCGUCUCUACCAAGUCGAGUACGCAAUGGAAGCCAUCGGUAACGCAGGCUCCGCCAUCGGCAUCUUAUCCAAAGACGGCGUCGUUCUGAUCGGCGAGAAGAAAGUCACCUCCAAGCUUCUCCAAACCUCCACCUCCUCCGAGAAAAUGUACAAGAUCGACGACCACGUGGCCUGCGCCGUCGCCGGCAUCAUGUCCGACGCAAACAUACUCAUCAACACGGCUCGUGUCCAAGCCCAGCGCUACACCUUCAUGUACCAGGAGCCUAUGCCUGUUGAGCAGCUGGUUCAGUCUCUCUGCGACACGAAGCAAGGGUACACGCAGUUCGGUGGUCUUCGUCCCUUUGGAGUGUCCUUUCUCUUUGCGGGGUGGGAUAAGAACCGGUAUAUGAGCGAUCCGAGUGGGAACUAUGGUGGUUGGAAAGCUGCAGCCGUUGGAGCUAACAACCAGGCGGCUCAGUCUCUUCUGAAACAAGACUACAAGGAGGAUGCAACUAGAGAAGAGGCCGUCGAGCUCGCGUUGAAGAUUCUGAGCAAGACUAUGGACAGCACGAGCUUGACAUCUGAGAAGCUUGAGCUUGCUGAGGUGUUUCUGACUCCAUCGGGGACUGUUAAGUACCAUGUUCACUCUCCUGACUCGCUUACCAAGUUGUUGCUGAAGCAUGGUGUGACUCAACCUGCUGCUGAAUCAUCCUGAGCUCAAAACUAUGUACGAGUAGUCUCAUCUCUAUUAUGUCUCCUCCAUCUAUCUUGUUAGUUCUCUGUUUUUAAUCUCUCAUGUUUAGUUUGAUGUUUAAUUAACAAUGGCGAUGAAUCUAGAAUUUCAUGAGAAUUUUAUCUGAAAUGUACUCUGUGUUACUACAAUUUUUUUUUUUUUUUCUAAAAUCUUGCAUUAUGUAAGCAGAAACAGAGACAUCUUUACGCAUAUGCAUAUAAAGAUGUUCAAAGAAUAAAGUUCUAGUUUUUUAAUUCAUAUAAA